AUGGUCUUUCGGACUCUUCCUGGCACCCCCAAGGCCAAAGCUUGGGCAUCCGAGCCUAGCCGCGACGCACCUUCGGGAAUGCUCAGGGCGGUGAACGCCGCAACGCUCUCCGGACCACCGAGAAUCAUCAACUUGCUCUUGGACAACUCAACUGACGGCAACGUGCUGGACGACUUAGGCGGCAAUGAUCUGCAACUCGAGUGA